CUUUGAUACUUUUCAGCAAACUCUCUCUCUCCCCCGCCACCUACCCCAGACUUUUACCGUGAUCCAUAGUAUGUGGAGAAACCUUUCUCGCUCCCGAAAGCUGCUCACCUCCGCUGCCGCUACCGCAACCGUCGGCUCGGCUCUCUACCUCUACGACCAACAGCAGCAUCCUCAGAACCAUCCGUUCGCUUUGUUGAUGCGCAACAAUGUUGUCUACGCCGAGGCAAACCCCAACGUCGACGACUCCAAGCCCGAGAAGCUCUGGGAGGCCCCGUCGCGGUCCGAGAUGAUCAAGAAGCUCAAGAACGAGCAGAGCGAGGCACCGUUUGAUUUGCUUAUUGUUGGUGGUGGUGCCACCGGUGCCGGCACAGCUGUCGAUGCCGCCACGCGUGGUCUCAAGGUUGCUCUUGUGGAGCGCGACGAUUUUGCAUCAGGUACGUCCUCUCGCUCGACCAAGCUCGUUCACGGUGGUGUUCGCUAUUUGCAAAAGGCCAUCAUGGAGCUGGACUACGAGCAGUACAAGCUUGUGGUGGAGGCAUUGCAUGAGCGCAAGAUCUUCUUGGACAUUGCACCGCAUUUGGCAGGCCAGCUGCCGAUCAUGCUGCCUGUUUACAAAUGGUGGCAGAUCCCUUACUACUGGGUUGGCUGCAAGAUGUACGAUCUGUUUGCUGGCCGCGAGGCCCUGGAAAGCAGCUAUUUCUUGACCCGCUCCAAGGCGCUGGAUGCAUUCCCCAUGCUGAAGAAGGAUAAGCUUGUCGGUGCACUCGUCUAUUAUGAUGGUCACCACAAUGACGCCAGAAUGAACGUUGCGCUAUCGAUGACGGCUGCCUAUCACGGUGCCGCUGUUGUGAACCACUGCGAGGUCACCGACUUGACCAAGAAUGAAGAUGGCAUCGUUACCGGUGCCAAGGUCAAGGAUGUUUUGACGGGUGAAGAGUGGAAUGUCAAGGCCAAGGGUGUGAUCAAUGCUACUGGCCCCUUCACCGAUGGCUUGCGCAAGAUGGACGAUAAAGAAAAUGCCGAAAUUGUCGCACCUUCGGCUGGUGUCCACAUCAUCCUCCCCAACUACUACAGUCCUCGCAACAUGGGUCUUCUUGACCCUGCCACCAGCGACGGCCGUGUCAUUUUCUUCUUGCCCUGGGAAGGCAGCACCAUUGCCGGUACUACUGACUCGCCUACCGAGGUCACGCAGAACCCUAUGCCCAAGGAGGAUGAGGUCAAGUGGAUCUUGGAUGAAGUCUCCCACUAUCUGAGCAAAGAUGUGAAGGUGCGUCGUGGAGACGUGCUUGCCGCUUGGUCCGGCAUUCGCCCUCUUGUUCGUGACCCACAUGCUAAGAACACCGAAUCGCUUGUGCGCAAUCAUAUGAUCAACGUGAGCGAAAACAGACUCAUCACUAUUGCCGGCGGCAAGUGGACCACGUACCGUGCUAUGGCUCAGGAAACCGUCGACCGUGCCAUCGAAGUGUUUGAUUUGAAACCCACCUCCACUUGCAACACCGAAAAAGUAAUGCUUAUUGGCAGCAAAGGUUUCAGUAACACCAUGUUUAUCCGCCUGGUCCAGGAGUUUGGCAUGGAUACCGAAGUCGCCGUGCACUUGGCCAACAGCUAUGGUGACCGUGCCUGGGUCGUUGGUUCGAUUGACGAUCCCACCAACAUGCACUUCCCUACUUAUGGCAAGCGCAUUUCGCCCAACUACCCUUACAUUGAAUCCGAAGUGCGCUAUGCUUGCCGUGAAGAGUAUGCUUGCACCGCUGUCGAUGUCCUGGCUCGUAGAACCCGCUUGGCCUUCUUGAACGCCGAGGCUGCUCUGCAAGCAUUGCCCAGAGUUGUCGAAAUCAUGGCUGAGGAACUCAAGUGGGACAAGGCACGUCAGGAGCUGGAGAAGCAGAACGCUGCCAAAUUUUUGGUCACCAUGGGUCUCCCCGAAUCUAAGGCUUAAAUAGCAAUAACAUCCAUCAUCCAACCCCAUCCACUUUACACGCGCACAAUCCAACAAAAAAAAAGAGAGAAAUUCACACACACAUGCACGCACAGACAUACACCAUUACAUCCAUCUCAACACUAUCACACAUACCACAUCCCCUCGUUUUUUAUAGAGAAACCCACACUUCAUUUGCCGUCGUGAUUGACGACGACUUAACUACUUGCAAACGUCUCGUUAUCCAAAUUAUUAUUGUCCGUCUCUUCCUUCUUUAGAACAUUGUACUGUAUAUUACGGGAUACUUUUUUUCCAAACACAUAUUC